AUGGCGAUUUCAGAAUUUGAAAAGCAGAGACAGGCAAAUAUUGCUAGGAACAAGGAGCUUUUACGUAAACUCAAUCUCACUGAACUCGCAAACGAAUUUGGGAAAACUGAAAAUGGGAAAAACAAACUGAAACCCAAAUCUAAGAGCAAAAACCAAAGUCCAAAAGUAAAGGUAGAAAAGGAUCCUGUACUACCAUUGCGUCGAUCACGUCGAAUUGCUGGUGUAAACAUUGAAGAUUCUAGCGCAAACGAUGCACUAGAUAAGUUAGAUGAAGAUAAGUUAGAGAAGGAGAGACUCAAGGAGCUUGCAUCUGUACGCCUCAGCGAUGAUCUGAAAUUAUCCGAAGUCAUCAGUGAUCCGUCUGUGCUUAAUAGAUUAGGAAAAUCAUUCUCAAUGGGAGACUUUUACGAGGAAAUCAAAAACAAACCGUUGACAUCGAAAACAGAAGAACAAGCUAGAGAAGAGUUAGAUAAAUUGGAAUUAUACGAGGAUUUCCACCCCAACCAGAUAAUGCUUACUACUGCACGUAUGACCACCAUUGAAUUUCAUCCAUCGGCCAAAAGAAAAGUGGUAUUAGGUGGCGACACCAACGGUAUGUUAGGCAUAUGGUCGGUUGAUGAUGACUCGGAAGAUGAACCUGCUAUCACCAGGUUUAAUCCACAUAGAAAAAACAUUGCACGAAUUGCUGUUCGCCCGGGAGUUCCUGAAGAGGUUAUAAGCUCUUCCUAUGAUGGAUCCAUUAGAACGAUGGAUCUACAAAAGAACCUCUCUAAGUGUAUUGUCGAGUUUGAUGAUCAGUGGGGCGAUGCUUCCGGUGUAUCCGAUUUUAAAUUUAUCGACCAAAAUGCUGGAUAUUUGACAACUCUCAAUGGCGAAUUCGCAACCUUUGAUUUGAGGGAACCAAAUGUGAGAAGAGAAAACUGCAAAGUUUAUAGAUUACACGAUAAAAAAAUUGGAUACUUUUCAGUUUGUCCCACUGAUGAGAAAAUGAUUGCCACUGCAAGCUUAGAUAGAACAAUGCGAAUAUGGGAUCUGAGAAUGAUAAGAGAUCAGGUAUGGUCUGAUUACGAAGAUGUUAAAGGUCCACAAUGUGUUGCAGCAUAUAGAAGUAGAUUAAGUGUUAGUUGCACCGAUUGGAACAAACAUGGUGAUAUUGUUUGUAACGGAUAUGAUGACAGUAUCCGGAUUUUUCAUAUGGAUGAUGGAAAAGGGAUUUCAUCAAAUAUUAGCAAACUGGCCAAACCAGAAGAGGGAGACAUUGCAGAAAAUUUGGAGCCGGAUGUUACAAUAAAGCAUAACUGUCAAUCGGGACGAUGGGUUUCGAUCUUGAAAUCCAGAUGGCAAGAAAAUCCAAAAGAUGGUGUCGAAAAAUUUGUUAUUGCCAACAUGAAGAGAUAUUUUGAUAUCUAUAGCCGAGAUGGUGUAAUGCUAGCGCACUUUGGUGAUGAACGCAUGACCUCUGUUCCUGCCGUUUGCAGUUUUCAUCCAACAGAGAAUUGGGUUGUUGGAGGUAACAGUAGUGGAAAAACUUUCCUACUCUCUUAA